AGUUCAUCAACGGAAAUGUUGCGUGUGUUGAUUGCCAUCUGUCUGGUCGGAUUUUCGCUAUCCCAUGCGGUGCCCAUGCCAGAUGGGCGUAUUGUAGGCGGACAGGAUGCCGAUAUCCGUGAUUAUCCCCAUCAAAUCUCCAUGCGAUACAACGGAAAUCAUCGCUGUGGAGGCAGUAUCAUAACAAGGAAUAUUAUCGUGAGUGCUGCUCAUUGUGUAAACACUUUAACGGGUCCCUCGAAUCUGACUAUUGUGGCUGGCUCUACUACACUUUCGGAAAAGAAUCAGGAAUUUCCUGUCAUCAAAUUUAUUGUUCAUAGUAACUACAGAGUCUACAACAAUGACUACGAUGUCGCCCUUUUGAUUGUAAAUGGCGAUUUCGAGUUUAGUGAGUACAUUCAGCCUAUCCAAUUGGCCCAGGAGCGACCGGAGCAUGGAGCUAUUGUAACUGUAACAGGCUGGGGUACUUUAGAGGAAGGGGGCUAUAUACCCAAUAUCCUGCAACAAGUUGAUGUGAAUGUCGUGGACAAUUCCGAGUGCAAGGGCACCUACUCCAUUCUGUUGACCAGUCGCAUGAUGUGUGCAGCUGUCACAGAGGGUGGCAAAGAUGCCUGUCAAGGUGACUCUGGUGGCCCGCUAAUCUACAAUAAUGAACUACUCGGAAUUGUAUCCUGGGGCUAUGGAUGUGCACGUGAAUCGGUGCCCGGUGUAUAUGCCUCUGUUCCAGAACUACGUAACUGGAUAUUGGAGACACGAGAUCAAUUUGCCGAUGUGGGUAUCAUUGAAUUCCUAUAAAGAAAAUACCCAUGCGCAUUUCAUUCCUAUAUUUAUCUAAGUAAUUGUGAACGCAAAACAAAAAGAAAAAAGAGUGCACAUAUUUUUAUAAA